AUGAAGUGGCUUGGGCUCCUUGGGCUGGUGACCCUCUCAGAGUGUGUAGUCAUAAUCCCUCUAAUGAAGAUGAAGACCAUGCGAGAAACUCAUGGAAAAAACUUGCUGAACAAUUUCCUGGAGGAACAAGCUUAUCACCUGUCCCAGAAUUCCUCUCAUGACCAGAAAUUCUUAUCUCACCCCCUGAAGAAUUUAAUGGAUCUAGUCUAUUUUUGUAACAUCACCACUGGGACACCCCCUAAGGAGUUCUGGGUCCUCUUUGACACCGGCUCAUCUAAACUGUGGGUGCCUUCCAUCAACUGUUCCAGUCCUGCCUGUUAUACACAUAUUACCUUCAACCCUGAAGAGUCCUCCACCUUCCGGUAUACAAACAAGUCCUUCAACAUCAUAAGCGUGUCUGGGAGGAUGAGCGCAGAGCUUGGCUAUGACACCGUUUGGAUUGGCAACCUUGUUAGCAUUGCUCAGCCAUUUGGCCUGAGCCUGGAGGAGUUCGGGUUCAGUCAUGUGCCCUUUGAUGGCAUCCUGGGCUUGAGCUACCCCAGCUUCUCCACCCCAGAGAUAACCCCCAUCUUUGACAACCUGGAGGAACAAGGUGUCAUUUCUGAGCCUGCCUUUGCCUUCUACUUGAGCACGUAAAAGGAGAGUGGUAGCGUGGGGAUGAUUGAUGGAGUGGACCACGCUGACUACAAUGGAGAGCUCAACUGGGUACCAGUGACCAAAGUUGGGUACUGGCAGAUAACCAUGGACAGCAUCUCUGUGAACGGGAUGGUGAUUGGUUGUUCCGGUGGAUGUCAGGCCCUUGUGGACAUCGGGACCUCUUUGCUGAUUGGCCCAAGUAGAGUGGUCACCAACAUCCAGAAACUCAUCGAUGCUAUUGCCUCCAAGGAUCACGAGCAUGUGGUUUCAUGUCAGAGCAUUGGGGCCCUGCCUCCUUUCAUCUUCACGAUCAACGGCACUGACUACCCUGUGCCCCCUCAAGUCGAUAUUCGAUACUCGGCAGGCAACUCUAUACUGGAUUCCACGCACAUGGUACCCCUUAGGGUUGUGCAAAGGGGUGCUGGGGGCACAUUAGGGGUGAUGAGGUCUACAGAUGAAGAGGGCAUCAGGAGUUCUCAGAACGUCUGUAUUAGCAGCAUUCGAGGGGGCACAGAGGACUUGCACUCCUCGGAGACCUGGAUCCUGGGUGAUGUCUUCCUGAGGCUGUGUUUCUCGUGCCACUUUGCAAGUGACAGCCCCGUGUGGAUUCCUGAGCCAUCCUCCUCAGGGUCCAGCAAGCGCCUUCCUUUGACCUCCAGUGAUGCUGGGGAGGAUGCCAUUCAUCUUGGCCAUAUGUCCCGGGUAUAUGUGCCCGACCACUUUGGGAAUGCCCUGGAUUAUGAUCGACAUGUGGAGAGUGAAAGAGGUCCAGUUGCAGAGCUGAUAAACAAGGAAAAGGAUGAUAUCAGCUGUGAAAUCAAGUAA